UUUAUUAUGUUCUUGCAAUUGGAACAUAAAAGAUUGGUUGAUGACAAUACUUCCUUUUUGCAAGUAGAGCGUAGUACAUUGGAUCAAGUACAAAAACGACUGGAUCGUCUAAAAAAAAAACAGAAAGAAGAAAAGCCACAAGAAGAUGAAUUCGAGGCGCGCCUGCAGACAAUGAGGGUUCGGAGGAUUUUAAACAACAAAAGUUUGAGUGGUAAAAGGUUCCCUCCAACAACUAUACGAUAUGGUAAUUUCAAAACAUUUAAGGACUUGUAUAAUAAUAGUCUUUUUGCUGAUUUCUAUUUGAAACUCAAGAUUAUACGCAUUCGAUCUAAAGAGGGGACGAGUUGCUUUGAGGUUGAUCCAAAUGACGACAUUAUAACGUUAGCAGAAAAGCUUGCAAUUCAACUCAAAUUUGAUCCGUCCACACUUAAAAUAGCAAAAGACUCGCAAAAUAGUACGGAGCGAAACCAGGCACUUCAGCAGUUUUCGCUGGUAAACAGCCAGCCAGCAUCAACAGUAGGACCAUUUGAGCCAACAACGAAUACCAGUUCAUUAUCAGCAUUGAAUGUAAAGCAAGAAGCUGUGGAUGAUUAUCUAGAGAAACAGUCUGGUGGCUUUAUUAAACGAGGACGUGAUCCGAAAUUUGCAAAAGAGUUUGUAGAGGAACCAGAUUACCGUGUCAAGCAGCGUUGCUUGAAUGAUCAUGCUCAUUGGCCGGAAGGCAUAAAAGCAGUUGUGGAGGCGAUUUAUGAGCCAUCACAGGAAACCAAACGGGUCGGAAUGAUAUACACUGAUCUUAUGGAUGCAGGUUUCAAAACGCUACGGAACCAUCUUGACGCAACUAAAUGUGACGCUCAUCUAGUGAAUGUACUAUCAGAUUUUCAUCCGCUUACCUAUAUCAAGAGUACUGGAAUAUUCGAUAAGAAGGAUUUUGAUACGUUGGCAAGAAUCGCUGUUACACAUUUUGAGGCUGAUGCUACCUGCCGCCCUUUCUGA